AGAAAAUAAAGAGAUAGGUGAAGGAAGAAAGAUAAAUAAUAAAAAAAAAAUAAGAAAGAGAAAAAUUAUUAGAUAUGUGUCCUGAUAAGGCAAGAGUAUUGACUAUGAGGUGUGCCGUCAAUGAAAAGGUUGCUUACGAGGAAGAAAUGGAUCCCCUUGCAAUAAAACAAAUGGAAAAGAAAGAAUCAAGGAUUAACGGGGUCAAAGAAAAUCAUAUAUCUUCUACGAAAAAUUUAUCAUCGAGUGAUAGGGUUGAAUAUGUACCAAGAAUCAAAUGGUUGGAUCUUUCCGCACAAAUAUUCAUUCAUGGUGGUUGCCUAUAUGGUUUCUAUCUCAUGUUCACUCAAGCCAAACUUUUAACGUCAUUGUGGGGUAAGUUAAGUUUAAGUUUUCGUUUUUUUUGUAGAUUGUACAUACCUCUGUUCGCACUUUUGGCAAUUGGAUUACCAGUUGUCGUACCAUAUUAUUUCUGGUCUGAAUCAUUGUGGACAUCUUUCUGGAUAAGUUUUAAUUUUCGAUUUUGCAUAACGCUCAAUAUAGCUUUCUUCGUUAACAGUGUUGCACAUAUGUGGGGUCAGAAACCUUACGACAAGAAUAUCUCGCCUGUAGAAAACAUUGCAGUUUCCAUAGCAGCACUAGGUGAAGGCUGGCACAAUUAUCAUCACGUUUUUCCAUGGGAUUACAAAACUGGUGAAUUAGGUGAUUAUUCUUUCAAUAUAACUACCGGAUUCAUCGACGCAUUCGCUCGCAUUGGUUGGGCCUAUGAUUUAAAAUACGUUUCACCGGAAAUGGUACGAAGAAGGGCGAACAAAUCCGGUGAUGGUAGCCAUGUAUGGGGUUAUGGUGAUGCCGAUAUACCUAAAGAAGAUCUACAAGAAUUACAAACGAUGGAUUAUAAAAAAGUUUUAUAAAUACAUUAUUAGUUCCUUUGUUAUAAUAAUAAUAAUAAUAAUAAUAAUAAUAAUAAUAAUAAUAAUAAUAAUAGUGAUGAUGAUGAUGAUGAUAAUCUUAAAAUACGUCGACGUUAAAAAUUACAACUUAAUUAAAUCUUGUCGUCGUAUUUAUUAUCCUGCCGUCUCUUUUAUAUUUUAUCUAGAAAAAUUAGAAUUAUUUUAAAUUUAUAUAUACAUGUAUAUAAUAUUGUAUGUGUAUAAAAAUAUUACAAAGCCAGAAUAUAAAAAGAGAAUUGCAUCGUUAAUUAUUAAGAGUCUAACUAAAAUGUAAUUUCGUACAAAUAAAUACAAGAGUGCAACAAUGAGGCCAACAAAAAAAAAAUAAAAAA